AUUUGAAUAUCACCCUUUUGAGAAUGGCAGGGCAAAUCUUCUUGCCGCUGCUACUUACCUGCUUAAUAAGUACAACAACUACUCAGACAACUACUGGAACUACUCAGACAAGUACAGCUCUCCACACAAGUACAGCUCCUGAGACAACUACACCAACUACACAGACAAGUACGACUCCUGAGACAAGUAAGAUUAUUUACACAGGUACACCAACUACUCAGACAAGUACGACUCCUGAGACAAGUAUGACCCCUGAGACAAUUAUCGGAACUACUCAGACAAAUACGACUCCUGAGACAACUACACCAACUUCACAGACAAGUACGACUCCUGAGACAAUUAUCGGAACUACUCAGACAAGUACAACUCCUGGGACAAGUACACCAACUACUCAGACAAGUACGACUCCUGAGACAAUUAUCGGAACUACUCAGACAAGUACGACUCCUGAGACAAGCACACCAACUACUCAGACAAGUACGACCACUGAGACAAGCACACCAACUACUCAGACAAGUACAACUCCUGGGACAACUACACCAACUACUCAAACAAGCACGAGUCCCCAGACAAAUGCACCCACAACUCAGACAAGUACGACUCCCCAGACAAGUACACCAACUACUCAGAUAAGCUACAUAAGUACAGUGACAUCUGUGUCAGGUCCUCUCUACCCAAUUGCUGGCUAUACAACUCAACGAUCACUUGAUGGAAGUUCUCCUCCAAUUACCCUGCAGCGUCCUUUUGUGUACUUUGGAAAAACAUACAACAACACGAUUUAUGUGAACCACAAUGGACACCUGACUUUUGAUCAACCAUGGUGGAUGUACAUUGCUCAAAGGUUUCCACGACAUGGAUCCAGAGACCUCAUAGCUCCCUUCUGGACAGAUGUAGACAUCAGGCAAACUGGUCUGGUCUUCUACAACCAAUACAUCAGUGGUCAUAUUCUCCAGCGAGCCACACAGGAUAUUAAUCAGUACUUUCCAGAGUUCAAUUUUGUUGCUAAGUGGGUCUUUGUUGCAACAUGGUAUGAGGUGCCCUACUAUCCAUUCUACUAUCCAGUCAAUGGAACAAAAGCAACUUUCCAAGCAGUGUUGAUCUCUGGUGGUCAGUACUCAUUUGUCCUGAUGAACUAUGGGGAAAUAGCCCCCCCACAUCAUAAUGUACAGGCUGGAUAUGACACAAUCAGUUCUAAACACCAUUUUAGCAUCCCUGGAUCAUUUUCUAACAAUGCAUCAGACAUUCGCCUGACCAGCAAUGUCAAUGUAAUUGGUCGUUGGGCUUUCCGCAUCGAUAAUGGAUCUAGGGGUUGCAUGUUUAAUGGUGAGCCUGUGCAGCUGGGUGACUCAUUCUGGAGUGACAGUUCGUGUGCACAGAGGUGCACCUGCACCUCAUCAGGCCUGCAGUGCCAGAACCAGCCCUGCACCUUUUCUCAAGCCUGCCGUCGUGAUGCUUUUCAGUAUUCCUGUCAAACAGUCCAGAGGCGAACCUGCACCAUAGUUGGUGAUCCACAUUACUAUACUUUUGAUGGGGCUGUGUUUCACUUCCAGGGCACGUGCACAUACGUUCUCUCUGAGAAAUGUGGUCAUGGGGUGCCCUACUAUAGAGUAGAAGGUUCAAAUGAGCAUCGAGGCAGCACACAUGUCUCUUGGACACGACUGGUUAAAGUGUUUGUUUAUAAUGAAACAAUUGAGCUUGUGAAAGGACAUCAUGGGAAGGCCAAGGUCAAUGGACAAUUCAUGACCACACCCUUCUUCCUCAACAAUGGCACAGUCCAAGUUUAUGAUUCAGGUUUUUCUGUGACCAUCAGCACUGUCUUUGGAUUAAUUGUAUCCUAUGACGCAAAUCAUCAUGUGAAGAUCAGUGUCCCCUAUGGUUACCAGAAUAAGACAUGUGGCCUGUGUGGGGACUUCAACAAUCACCCAGAGGACGACUUUCGAACUCGGCAAGGCGUAGUUGUGAGCUCUGAUGUUGUCUUCGCCAACAGCUGGAAAGCACCAGGAGAUCAUCAGCCUGGUUGUGGGACUGGGUGUGGAGGUCUGGGCUGUGCUUCCUGUACUGAUGCUCAGACAGUUUUAUACGGCAACAGUGAUCAUUGUGGUAUUCUUCAGAACAGCUCUGGGCCUUUUGCUGCUUGCCAUGAAGAGCUUCCCCCACAAAACUUCGUGGAGAGUUGUGUUUUUGACCUGUGUGUAGGAGGAGGAUACCAACCUAUUCUUUGCCAAGCCCUAAGUGCAUAUGCAAGUCAGUGUCAACAGAAUGGUGUACAGCUGCCUAGCUGGAGGAGACAGGGCUUCUGUGAAAUCCCCUGCCCAGCCAACAGCCACUUUGAGCCUCAGGGUACAGGAUGUCCUGCCACCUGCGUCAGUCCUUACUCUACCCAGAACUGCCCCCUCCCUGCUCAGGAGAGCUGCAUCUGUAAUUCAGGUUACAUUCUCAGCGGUGGGAACUGCGUCCCUCAUGCUCAGUGUGGCUGCAGUUUUGAGGGAAACUACUACCACUCUGGAGAAACUGUAAUAUUAGACCAAGACUGUGGGAGACAAUGUAACUGCAGUUAUGGCUCUAUGAGCUGUCAGCCCUAUGGUUGUGGUCCACUUGAAUCCUGCAAGUUGGAGGAAGGAGAAAGAGGAUGCAGACCUAACAGCUUUGGCACAUGUUGGAUCAGGGGCCCAGGGUCAUAUCAAACAUUUGAUGGGUUGACAUACCAGUAUCCUGGGGCUUGUCAGCUGACUCUUGCCAAAGUAAUGGGAAUGUCCAGUCACCCCCACUUUGUAGUAAGUGCAGAAAAAGUCCCCCAAGCCCAGCAGGGCUUUGUUCGGGUACUAAACUUUGAGGCACAGGGAACACAUGUGUCCAUUGAGAUGUCCAGCCACAGCAGAGUACAGGUUGAUGGCCAGCUCAUCAGACUACCAUUCACAUCAGCCAACAGUGGAAUUCAGAUUUAUCACAGCAGCAUUCACAGCAUCAUCCUUCGCACUUCCUUUGGUGUAACUGUGCAGACAGUCUGGCCGCACUUUGUCAGAAUCACUGCACCAGCUGUAUACAGUAGUUCAGUAGGAGGACUCUGUGGUAAUUUCAAUGGUCACCCUCAUGAUGACUUCCGCACACCCAAUGGUAUCUUGGUGAACAGUUCUCAGGCAUUUGGGGACAGUUGGCGAGAUGGCUCCCUCAGUGCACACUGUGUGGAAACUAGAGAUCAUAACAAUGAAACUAAUUUCAACACUACAGAGCACUGUGGCCUCCUUGCAUUGCCAUAUGGGCCAUUUCCUGCAUGUUGGAACAAGGUGAAUCCAUGGCAACAGGUGGAUGUAUGUGUGGAGAUUGUGAGGUCCUCUGCAAAUCCAACAUCAGCGCUGUGUGAGGUCUUCCGAGAUUAUGCACUGAUGUGCCAACAGAAGGGUGUUACCCUCGGACAUUGGAGGAAUGCAACUGGCUGUGAGCUGACCUGUCCAUCAAACAGCCAUUAUGAAGUCUGUGGAGAUUCUUGUCCUUCCACAUGCCCCAGCCUCUCCUUCCCUUUCUCCUGUAACACUCCGUGCCAGGAGGGUUGUCAGUGCGAUGAUGGUUUUGUCCUCAAUGGGAACCAGUGCGUACCACCAACAGGCUGUGGAUGCCACCACCAAGGCCGCUAUCGGCAGGGAGGAGAACAGUUCUGGGUUGGCGAUGAAUGUCAGAGCUUGUGUUCCUGUAAUGGUAUUACUGGACUGGUUCACUGUGUCCCCAAUUCCUGUGGUGCCCAGGAGUCCUGUCGUGUGGUUGGAGGAGAGUACGGCUGCCAUCCCAGUCCUCAUGGGACCUGCUCUGCAUCAGGUGACCCUCACUAUCUGACCUUUGAUCAAAAGGCCUAUGACUUCCAGGGAACCUGCCGCUAUGUUCUGGCAACGCUUUGUAAUGACACCACUGGACUCCACCAGUUUUCUGUGGAGGCCAAGAAUGAGGCAUGGCAAGGGCUGCCAGUUUCAAUCACUGCUGAGGUUUUUGUGAAUGUGUGGGGCUACAGAGUGCAUAUGUCAAGGCAGAACCAUGGUGUAGUAAAGGUGAAUGGCAUAACUAAGAAUUUGCCUCUUCUGCUGAAUAGAGGUCUUGUUUCUAUUUAUGCAAGUGGACAUCGCACAUUUGUAGACUCAGAUUUUGGUCUCAGUGUCUCUUAUGAUGGAUGGAGUACAGUGUCAAUCACCGUACCUUCAAAUUACAGUGGGAGAACUUGUGGUCUCUGUGGAAACUUCAAUGGAAACCGAAAUGAUGACUUCAUGACUCCAUCUGGAGUGGUAGUCACCUCUCCAUCUGAGUUUGGGACUGCUUGGAAGGUUGUAGGGAACUACAGCUGCAGUGAUGGGUGUGGCACUUCCUGUCCACAAUGUACCAAUGACCAACCUGCUAGAGCUCAGUGUGAAGUGAUUACAGCAGCUGAUGGCCCCCUCAGCUUCUGCCAUCAGCAGGUGGACCCAACGCCAUACUUCAAUGACUGUGUUUUUGAUGUUUGCAUCUCUGGAAAUCAACGCAACGAUCUUCUGUGCAGAUCUAUUCAGGCAUAUGUCAGUGCCUGUCAGUCUGCUAAUGUCCGAAUCUACCCUUGGAGACAAAACACCACAUGUAGGAUUGACUGUCCAGCCAACAGCCAUUAUGAGCUGUGUGGGACUGACUGUGGCCACACCUGUGCCAGCAGCACUGAUGCCACCUGUGAGCAUGUUUGUUCUGAAGGAUGUUUCUGUGAUGAGGGAUUCCUGAGGAGUGGGACUGGGUGUGUUCCAGCGGAAAACUGUGGCUGCCAGUAUGAUGGCUCCUACUAUAGUGCUGGAGAAUCUUUCUGGACAGAUGGUUGCUCCCAGAGAUGUGAAUGCCAUGCCCCCAAUGACCUGCGCUGUUCUUCCGCAUCUUGUACCCCUUCACAAGACUGCACCAUCCAAGACGGCCAGCUGGGCUGUUAUGAUGCAAUGUCAACUUGCACUGUGUGGGGUGAUCCACACUACGUCACAUUUGAUGGUGCACUUGCCCAUUUCCAGGGCACAUGCUCUUACAUCAUUAGUGAAAGCGUGAACCAAGACGACAGUGAAACCAACUUUAAGGUGGUGGCCACCAACAAUCACCGUGGCAACAACCAGGUGUCAUUUGUAUCAGCAGUGGAUGUAUACCUCUCUAAUCACCCAGAGAGUGUGCAUAUCAGACUUGGACCAAACAGCAGAGUAAAGGUCAAUGGCAGUGAGGCGUCUCUGCCCACCACUGUCGGAUCCUUAGCUCGAGUGGUAAGACAGGGAGCCUAUGUGGUGGUAGAUGCAUCUGACGUGGUUAUUCAGUUUGAUGGCCGUAGUACUUUACUGGUCAGAGUGGUUCAGAACUGGCAAAACAGAGUCACUGGGAUGUGUGGAAACUUCAAUGGAGAUCCUUCAGAUGACAAAGCUUUUCCUAAUGGCACACUGGUACAGAACGACUAUGUCUUUGGAAACAGCUGGAAGUCAUCAACAAGCCAACCACGAUGUGGAUCCACAGACGACAGAAGUGGCGGUGGUCUGGAUGACUGUCGCUUCGUAGAUGAAUACUCUGACCUCUGCAGUGUCAUCACCAACACCAGCGGCCCCUUCAGUGCCUGUCACCUCCACUCUGACCCACAGCCAUUUUUCACUUCCUGUGUGUACGAUCUCUGUCUCUACACUCCAGCCAAUGGCAUGCUGUGUUCAGCUGUCUCAGCCUAUGAGAGAACCUGCUCUGUUUUGGGUCUGGACAUCCCUGAGUGGCGCUCUGAUUUGCACUGUGCUGAGUCAGACCCCUGUGAACAUCUGGACUGUACAGAUCAUGAGUGGUGUGGUGAGAAGGACGGUGUUUAUGGCUGUUUCUGUGAUGAACACCACCAUCGGCCCAACAAUCAAAGCUAUGAUUCAUCCAUCACUUGUGUCAGUAGUUCAGGCACCAUGUCGGUGUCCCGCUGCCAGCUGUUUGAAGCAGGAUUCCACUCUGCUGCUCUUCAUCUCAGAGAACACUCCUGUAACGGGACCAUACAGGACGGACGACUGGUGUUCCAGUUUGACAAUGACGACCAGCUGUGUGGAACACUUCUCACAAGCAAUGGAACCCAUUUCAUCUAUGAUAACGUCAUCCAGGGUGACGUGGACCCACAUGACGGUCUCAUCAGCCGCCAGAGGAACAUUCAUCUCCGUUUCUGCUGUGAAUAUCCUCUGGUUCAGGCUACAUCUAUGGAAGUGGGCAUCAACCCUGUAGAGAGCAUUGUGGACAAGAAACUUCCAGCUGGGGAGGGUCACUACCGAGUGAGGAUGACUCCCUACCGGGAUUCUGGCUUCCGCUACUCUCUCACCAGUACCAGCAACAUUGAAAUCGAAAUUGAUCAGAGGUUAUACAUUGAGUUGCGGACAGAAGGAAUUGAUGGAAGACAGCUUUCCACUGUCUUGGACUCUUGCUGGGCCACACCUGUCAACGUCCCCAACCACCCUGUCCGCUGGGAUCUCAUUCGUGAAGAGUGUCCUAACCCAGAGGAUACGACAGUUGAAUUGCUACAGAAUGGUGUCUCUACGACGGCUCGUUUCUCCUUCAGGAUGUUCACUUUUACCAACUUCCAAUCCAUCUACCUACACUGCAGGGUCCACCUGUGUCUCCUGAGAAACAACAACUGCUCAGCUCACUGCUACCCAGGUUACCAUGGGAGAGUGGUAAGGGAUGUUUCUUUCCACGACACUGCAGAAAUCUCACUCGGACUCCUAAGCCAUCCCCAUCUCUAAGAAAUCAUGGAAACAAGCAGUACUUUGGGUCCAGCAUCUUUGGAUCUAUUCUGUUUGCUAACUGAAAAGAAGUUAAAAAGUUGAAAUAUAAUCCAGAGUAAUUGUUGUAUAUUCAUGUGUAAUCAGUAUCUGAGUGUAGAUCUAAGAAUCUGUGUGUCUUUGUCUCUGUAAAAAUCAGUAGAAUCAUAAACUCCUACUACUUUUCAGAAUUUUAAAUGAUGUUUUAAAAUCAGGGAGUGGAACCUCACUGUCAGAUUGUAUUUCACAUUAUAUUUCUUGACUUGUAUGUUUAUAUCAGAAUAAGAAUGAUCUUUAUUUGCCAAAUAAGUAAACACUUUCAAGGAAUUUCAAGGUAGCUGUCUCACUAGAAAAUUAUAAACACAAGAUAUAAUGAAAAUCAAAGUAAAAUUAGGGGAAAAAAAUCUAUACAUUUAAACUUUAUGUACAUAAAAACAGUGUCAUCUUAUAUACAGUUAUAGUGUAAUUUUUGUGUAAUUGUGGAAAACAAGGGAGAGUGUUAACUUUUUAUUUACACAUUGGAGAAAAUGUAUUACUUGAAUGCAUCUGUUCUUUUAUUCCAGUGAUUUCCUUGUGGUUCAUAAUAAAGGGUUGAAAGUAAAACACACUAGUGUUUGAA